AUGUAGAUCAGCAGAUCUGAAAAGCCGGACAAACCUGAUAAUUCUGAUAACGUCAAAGUUGUUGUUCGUUGCCGGCCAUUCAAUGAGCGGGAAAAGGCAAUGUGUUACAAAAUGGCAGUCAGCGUUGAUGAAAUGAGAGGCACGAUCACUGUGCAUAAAACAGAUUCUUCCAAUGAACCUCCCAAGACAUUUACAUUUGACACUGUUUUUGGGCCUGAAAGCAAGCAACUGGAUGUUUAUAACUUGACUGCAAGGCCAAUCAUUGACUCUGUUCUGGAAGGUUAUAAUGGUACCAUAUUUGCUUAUGGACAGACUGGCACAGGAAAGACUUUUACUAUGGAGGGUGUCCGGGCUGUACCAGAACUCAGGGGAAUCAUUCCCAAUUCCUUUGCUCAUAUAUUUGGCCAUAUUGCAAAGGCUGAAGGUGAUACAAGGUUUUUGGUUCGAGUCUCUUACUUAGAAAUCUACAAUGAGGAAGUACGUGACCUCUUGGGGAAGGACCAGACACAGAGGCUAGAGGUUAAAGAACGACCUGACGUAGGAGUUUAUAUCAAAGAUCUUUCAGCAUAUGUUGUAAACAAUGCAGAUGACAUGGAUAGAAUUAUGACACUUGGCCAUAAAAACCGUUCUGUUGGUGCCACUAAUAUGAAUGAGCACAGUUCCCGUUCCCAUGCUAUCUUCACAAUCACAAUUGAGUGCAGUGAGAAGGGUGUGGAUGGGAAUAUACACGUGCGCAUGGGCAAGCUACAUCUAGUAGAUCUUGCGGGUUCAGAAAGGCAAGCAAAAACUGGAGCUACUGGGCAACGACUGAAAGAAGCAACAAAAAUUAACCUUUCUCUCUCUACUCUUGGGAAUGUCAUUUCUGCUCUGGUUGAUGGAAAGAGCACUCAUGUGCCUUACCGUAACUCUAAACUGACUCGGCUACUCCAGGAUUCCCUUGGUGGCAACUCCAAAACUAUGAUGUGUGCAAACAUUGGCCCAGCAGACUACAAUUAUGAUGAGACCAUCAGCACUUUGAGAUAUGCUAACCGUGCCAAAAAUAUCAAGAAUAAGGCUAGAAUUAACGAAGAUCCAAAGGAUGCCUUACUUCGUCAGUUUCAAAAAGAAAUAGAAGAACUUAAGAAAAAGUUGGAAGAAGGGGAAGAAAUCUGCAGUAGCAGCAGCAGUAGUUCAGACUCUCCAUGUUCUGUCAUAGAAAAACCUCUGGAUAAAACCUUCACUAAUCAAGCAGGAAAAAAGAAAGUUUCUCCUGACAAGAUGAUGGAGAUGCAAGCCAGAAUUGAUGAAGAAAGGAAAGCACUUGAAACAAAACUUGAUAUGGAAGAGGAAGAAAGGAACAAAGCCCGUGCAGAACUUGAAAAAAGGGAGAAAGAUUUGCUUAAAGCACAGCAAGAACAUCAGUCUCUUUUAGAGAAGUUGUCAGCUUUGGAAAAAAAAGUGAUUGUGGGAGGUGUGGAUUUGUUGGCUAAAGCUGAGGAGCAAGAGAAGCUUCUGGAAGAAUCUAACAUGGAGUUGGAGGAACGAAGGAAAAGAGCAGAGCAACUCCGAAAAGAGCUUGAGGAGAAAGAGCAAGAGCGUUUGGACAUUGAAGAAAAAUAUACCAGCCUGCAAGAGGAAGCUCAAGGGAAGACGAAGAAGCUGAAAAAAGUUUGGACCAUGCUAAUGGCAGCCAAGUCGGAGAUGGCAGAUCUGCAACAGGAGCAUCAGAGAGAAAUUGAAGGCUUACUGGAGAACAUUCGACAGCUCAGCAGAGAGCUUCGUCUUCAAAUGCUGAUAAUUGACAACUUUAUACCUCAGGAUUACCAGGAAAUGAUUGAGAACUAUGUUCACUGGAAUGAAGAUAUUGGAGAAUGGCAGCUGAAAUGUGUGGCAUAUACCGGAAAUAACAUGAGAAAACAGACUCCAGUGGCAGACAAAAAAGAAAAAGAUCCCUUUGAGGUGGACCUUUCCCAUGUAUAUCUGGCUUACACUGAAGAGAGCUUGAGACAGUCUUUGAUGAAACUAGAAAGACCACGAACAUCAAAAGGAAGAUCAAGGCCCAAAACUGGCAGGAGGAAACGCUCUGCAAAAUCAGGAGCUGUGAUUGAUUCGCUGCUUCAGUAGGCCAAAACAGUUGGGGAUUGUAAUAAAGAUGAAUGCUUAUGUGGCUUAACACCUGGCCCAAUAUUAUCAACCUGCAGUUGUUACUUGAGACAAUAAGAAAAUAGUUUUCUUCCUGUUUGGGUUAUCAUUACAUCUUCUGCUAUGCUAAUGUGAUUAAUUCAGAUUCAGCAAUGUAGGGACUGUAAACUUGUCAUUGUUAUGAAUGCCACUAGGCAUUGUGCAAAAGCAGCUGUUGGGAAUCGCUUGUGUUUUAGAAUGGUAUGUAUUCAGUGGAAAAGAUGGUGUGUGUGUCAGUCUAAAUUUUAAACAGAUUAGCCAUAUUCUAAGUAAACAAACAGAUUUCUAUAUCCUGACAUACCAGUUUUACUUUGUAUGUUGCCAUUUGCCAUGGACAUUAUUCCCUGUUUGUACAGCUACAUAUGAGUAGUAGUUACAAAGUCUGGGAAUUCUGGAAUUCUUCCUUUCUCUUAGGCAUCUUCUGCCACAUCUGUAGGAGAAUUUCCAUUUCUUUAGCAUAUGUGCAUAUACUUGGUAAUAUACAAAGAUGGACUGUUAUAAAAAUAGGUGGUGUUGGAUUUCCCUGAUCUGGAUGGCAGGGAUAAAGGAAUCCUUGGGAUUUCAGUUGUAGCAAGUACGCAGUCUACUUCAAAUGUA